CGCUGUCGCCCGAACAUGCGCAUGCGCAGAUCACAGCAGCCGAUCAGCUGACUGUGAGAGAAGCCUUUAGAAACACUGGAGUGUCAUUAUGAAUAUCAAAUCCUAAAACUGCUCCUUUAAAAAUUAUUGAGUCAAAACUGCCAAGUAAUCGUCGCGUAAUCUCGUUCACGUUGAAAUCAGACUCUCCAUUUGUCGCUCCUCAGCCGCCAUGACAGAGUUUUGGUUGAUUUCUGCUCCUGGAGAGAAAACCUGUCAGCAGACAUGGGACAAACUAAUGACGGCCACGACUCGUGCCAACAACCUCUCCACCAACAACAAGUUCAACAUUCCCGACCUCAAGGUCGGGACAUUAGAUGUCCUGGUGGGGCUGUCUGAUGAGCUGGCCAAACUGGAUGCUUUUGUCGAGAGUGUGGUGAAGAAGGUGGCUCAGUACAUGGCUGACGUGUUGGAGGACAGUCGAGAUAAAGUCCAGGAGAACCUGCUGGCUAAUGGAGUCGAUCUGCUCACCUAUGUCACAAGAUUUCAGUGGGACAUGGCCAAGUACCCUAUCAAACAAUCCUUGAAGAACAUUUCUGAGAUUGUAUCCAAGGCAAUCUCACAGAUUGACAAUGACCUGAAGGCUCGAGCGUCAGCCUACAACAACCUGAAGGGAAACUUACAGAAUCUAGAGAGGAAGAAUGCAGGGAGCCUGCUGACCAGGAGUUUGGCAGAUAUUGUCAAGAAAGAAGACUUUGUGCUUGAUUCGGAGUACCUCAUUACUAUGCUGGUGGUGGUACCAAAAACAAAUUAUGCUGACUGGCAGCGCACUUACGAGACUCUUUCAGAAAUGGUGGUGCCACGAUCUACAAAUUUGCUUUUUGAGGACCAGGAGAGCGGCCUGUUUAGCGUCACGCUCUUCAGAAAGGCCAUCGAUGACUUCCGACUCAAGGCCAGGGAAAACAAGUUCAUGCUCCGGGACUUCCAGUACAACGAGGAGGAAUUGAAAGCAGAUAAGGAGGAGAUGACCAGACUCUCGACUGACAAGAAAAAGCAGUUUGUAUGUAUCUUUAGAGCAGCUGGUAUGUUACUUCAUCACUGUUGGAUAUUAUUAACUGGUUCGUACAUGUGUCGUCUGCAGGGUCCACUUGUUCGAUGGCUGAAGGUGAACUUCAGCGAGGCUUUCAUUGCUUGGAUCCAUAUCAAGGCUCUGAGGGUAUUUGUGGAAUCAGUGUUGAGAUAUGGAUUGCCAGUGAACUUCCAAGCAAUGCUGCUACAGCCCAACAAGAAGAACAUGAAGAAGCUGAGGGAGGUUCUGAACGAUCUUUACAAGCACCUGGACAGCAGUGCAGCUGCCAUUAUCGACCAAACUACCAUGGAUAUUCCUGGCUUGAACCUCAGCCAGCAGGAAUACUAUCCCUAUGUGUACUACAAAAUCGACUGCAACCUGCUGGACUUCAAAUAGAAGAACCGCUUUUAACCACAUGGCCCUCCUUUUGUUUUGUCUCUGUGAAUAAAUCUAAGUUAAAUUAAA